ACGCCGUCCCUGUUAGACAGAAUGUAAGUUGCUCUCGCCCGAUGCUCUUUCCUGCCUUGCCCGGUUUGAUGGUGUUUUUUGUGACGGUGUCCCGCACUGUUUGCCGGUGCUGUUGAGUUGAGUAGUGGAGGACAAUACAGGUGACUGUGCUGACAUGUUACUUUCUGUAGAGUUCCGUUCGUCGCCCCAAAUCGAGAUCGUCUCACGAUUCUGCCCACGCUCGCUCACGAGAUCGUGUCUCUCGAGGCUCUCGCAGUUCGUCCAUGUCUAGGCAUGCCUACGCACAUGACACAACGUAUUCGAAUUCCCGUGGUCGACACGAUCCGAGCCUGAGUCGCCGUGGAAGUGAAGCGGGGAGCUUGCGGGCCAACCAUAGCUCCGGAAAUCUGAGAGGGUCGGCAAAUGCGUCUCACGAUGCUCUGGGACGGGGUGACCUGAAGGACGGGAUUGGACUUUAUAUGAAUGGGUUCGAUCAUGAGAAUUGGAUCCACCGAGACAAGCUGGCCAAGAUUGAGAGCGAGGAGCUGCAUCAAGCGGCGAUCUUCUUUCAACGCCGUGGAGGACUGGAGCACAGCCGAUCACAACGCGGAAGGAAUCAUGAUUCGAACCACGCCCCUCACGGCGGGUCUACGGUGACCACGCCGCCGACGAAUGAGUCGACGGAACCUUGGCCGACAAUGCAGGACGACUCGCGGGAUAUCACGAGCUCUCCAACUUCUUUUGAGCAGGGUACUGGGGAGGACCGCCACAAUUGGGACUUACGUCGACCGGAGGAGAUCGCCGCCGAUAACAAUGCCGCGAAUUUCUACCAAAAUCCCGGUAUGCGUAAGAGCUCGUCUCGGAUACCUGUCCCGACUGCCAGUCCGGCUCCCAUUUCACCGGACCAACUUGGUCGCGAGUUCCCCAAGCAACGCGCACGGGGGCUUACCAAUGGAGAGGACGAUGCGUUGGCAUUUGGCAAACCCCGCAGGGCCAGCGAGCCCAUCACCGUGGAGAAUUUGGAGGGUUCUACUCCCCCAGGUGCCAGCAGUAGACCUGGGAGUCGUGGGUUCCCAAGCGGGCAAAACACGGGCAGAAAAACGACCGGUAAAGGAGCGACAGCAACGGGUACCCGAAAGUCGUCUGCGCCUCCCGCUACGCGCAAGACAACCCCGAGGAGUCGAGCUCCGUCCGGAAACCAGCGUCCGACCACACGAUCGGGCGAAGGACGUGCCCCUCACCCCGUCAACCGCCCGGAAGGUGACCCGCCAUGGCUGGCGACCAUGUAUAAGCCGGACCCGCGUCUUCCUCCAGAGGAGCAGAUGCUUCCGACCCACGCUCGACGGAUGCAGCAACAGAUGUGGGAGCAAGAGGGUCGGACGCCGACGACGUAUGACCGCGAAUUUGCUCCGUUAGCCGUUGGCCCCGACGGUGGCCCACGUCCGGUCGAGGUGAAGAAAGAAGAGCCGCCGAAACAGCCUCCGUCACCAGUGACGCCGCAACCACCGCCGCAGCCUCCGUCGAAACCGGAGACUCGCGCUCCAGAAAUCCUGCCCACGCCCAAGAGUCCCGAUCCCAGCAUUCGACCCAGUACGGGAACCGGCUACAGCACGAUGCCCAAGGUGCAGGAACCUCCUUCUGCGGGGUUGACACCCAAAUGGAGCCCGCCGGUUGUCACUGCGCAGGAACCUCCUAAGAAGGAAAAGGGAUGCGGAUGCUGCAUUGUGAUGUGACAUUGUUACCUUUUCUACUGGUCGAGUAUUUGUCUCGAAUUUGAUAUCGCAUAUUCUGUUUCUGGUCAUUUGAAAGAUACCUUCCGAACUUCUACUUUGCGACAUCACCCAUUUCCUUUCUUUCUCUCUCUCUCUGUCUAUCUCUCUACCUCUUGUCUCUUCUUUUCCCGCACGCUCGCUCUUUUCAACAUUUCUUUUACCAUCAUAUCCUAUUUUAUUAUUGGCUUGUUUAUUCAGCGUGCCAGGUUGGUUGGCUUGGUGUUUGUGAUCUUGAUACUUUCUUAGGAAAUUCUUAAUUUGUCAUUUAUUCUAGUUCAUUUUCCACAUCGUCGCAUUUGCUUGGCCUGUUGAAUUUCUUGCAGCUGUGGCAAUUUGUCGUUCCUUGCAAGAUUCCCCCACAUUGAACAUUGUCAAUUCCUUAUCCACUGUUGCUUUGCCUUCCUUUAUUUCUUUCUCCGACUGGUCGAAUGUUUUGGCUCCUAGGCAUCUGAUAGGGCCAAGAUGGCAUACCGUUGCGAGUAGCAGCAGCUGGGGAUCAACUUUACGACUUUAACGAUUUAUUUUCUUUGCGAUCCUGAUAUCGAUCUUGAUUGACGUGUUGUCUGGUUGCAUGUGGUCUUUAGCAAGACAAAAGAUUGAUAU